AUGGAGCGCCGCCCGGCUCCUUUUCUGACGCGCCUCAUAUCGCGCCGUCGCGUCGAGCGCGCACCUGAGUCCUACGACCCCGGCAGCGGCCAGGUAUUCUCCGAGACACACUGCAGCAUGACCUCCAUGGUCCCCUCGUGGGUCACUGCAACUACCGGCAGCGUUGCCGAUCUUAUCAAUUUUCGGGACCCCGACUCCAUGGGAGCCGCCUGCCUGGAGCAGGUUGCCAUUCGCUCCGUGCUUCUCCAACUGGAUAGCCUGGACUACGAGGCCAUCUCCUGCGUUCCGUGGGCCAUUGGGAGGAGGAUUUGGGCCCAAAUUCGCCGCUACCGCCUAGACUCUCUGCGCAUCUGGCGCAUCUUCGUCCGGGCAUAUCCUGACGAGCGCCAUGCUUUCCAGGAAACUCGCAAGAUCCCCUUGCUGAACUCGAACACGCAUCACGCGCUGGAUGAAAUUGUCAAACAAAUUACUGCGCCGAGCUUUGAAUGGGUGACGCACUUGACACUCCAAGACCCUCGGCUUUCCAAGCACGAUUGGGCCCAGAUCCCAAACAUCCGGAACCUUGGUGCCCUUACCGUUCUUGGCGCAUCUUCAGAUAGUCUGGAUGACCGCGUUGUGAGAGGCUGGAGUGAAGCCGCAAAGGAUGGCCAUGUUUUCUUGAAACUGCGCGUGGUCUUUUUCAUCGGUCAGCCGUACAUCACUGCCCGUUCGUUGGCCUCACUGCGCAAAUUCCCAGCCUUGACUCUCUGCAAUUUGACUAGCUGCGAUGUGGAUCUCGAUCAAGCAGAGGACCUCGGCUGGAAAUUUUCGUUCCUCAAUUCAAAGGCUCACGAGCUCAACCUCGAGUGGACCAUGAGCUCCAACGUGCAUGACGCCAUGCGCGCCUACUAUCGACGUGCGUCAUCUCCGACUUUGGCUUCACCUGCGGGUAUUGGGACCGAUGAGGAACCGAUCCUCUCUGUAUUCAAACGCUCAACACCCGCUGUACUGCCUCCAGAAGGCAUGGCGCUAUGGGUCUGGCGAAGUAGUCCUACAGAAAACGGUGAUGACGUGACCGAGGAGCAUCCAACUACCGCAGAGCCUCCGAAGAAGAAACGCAGGUUGCGCGCAACGAAGGAGAAGGCCAUAGGCGAUGUCUUGGGUAGCUUCGGAAUAUGA